AUGCUCAGCGACCGCCAGGUCGGCGCCCUCGCCGCCGGCGAGCCGCCGCGGCCCCUGUCGCGGCGCCGCGGCCGCCGGAGCGCCGCCGGCGACGACGACGACGACGACGACGACGCGCCGCCGGCUUUGGGCGCGCUGCCGAAGCGGCCGGGCUCGGGCGCCGCGCGCGGCGCGUGGGCCGCGGACUCGGACGACAGCGACUCCGACGACGCCGUGCUGAGCCGCGCGCAGAUCAAGGAGCGCGCCAGCGCGCCCGCGGCCGUGCCCGCCGCGCGGCCCGCGUCGCGCGGCGGGGGGCGGCCGUCCGCGUCCAAGCCCGGCCGCGCGUCCGCGCGCCUCGGCUUCGACCUCAGCGGCUCCCUCGCGGCGCUGGACCAGUGGAGCGAGCACGCCGAGGCCCACGACGACGGCGCCGUUCGCUUCACGCGCGGGCCCGUCGCGCGGUCGCCGCAGCGGGCGGACCGGCCGGCGCCGGCGCCCGCGUCGCCGCCGUGCCCGGACACGGCGCGCGACGCCGCCGCCGCCGUCGCGCCCCUGGACCUGUCGCGGCCGCCGGGCCUCGCGCCGCCGCCGGGCCUCGCGGCGCGGGCGUCCUCUUCGUCCUUCGCCGCGCCGCCGCCCACGGAGGCGCCCGAGGAGGACCCCGCGCCGCGCGAGGACCCGCUCCUCGGCGCCGCGACGCGCCUCGACGACGACACGGUCGUCGGCAUGCUCAAACAGCCGCCCAAGGGCGUGCGCCACCUCCGCACGCGCGACGGCUUCCGCAAAUUCUUCUCCGGCAUGCCCCGGGGCCGCAUGGAGGCGCUCCUCACCGCGGCCUUUGCGGACCAGCCGGCUGAGGAGGCGACGGCGCGGCUCCACAAGCGCCUCCAGCUCCUCGACGACCUCCUCGUCUAG